UGUUUUGUAUCUUAGACUCGACGGAGGGACUUGGCUGGUGUUCUUUUAAACAGAGGAGUCAACCUUGAUCCAUUAAGCAAAUGGUCCAAAGUGGGUUUGGUUGUAUAUGAUUCCCAAGUUCCGAUUGGGGCCACUCCAGAAUACAUGGCUGGUCAUUAUAUGCUUCAAGGCGCAAGCUCUUUUUUGCCCAUAAUGGCCCUUGCUCCUCAGGAGAAAGAGAGAGUUGUUGACAUGGCGGCUGCGCCUGGUGGUAAAACUACAUACAUUGCAGCUCUUAUGAAAAAUACAGGUAUGAUCUAUGCAAAUGAGAUGAAGGAGUCCAGACUCAAAUCCCUCACUGCAAAUAUACAUCGGAUGGGUGUAACAAACACCAUAGUUUCUAACUAUGAUGCGAGGGAGCUGCCCAAAGUCCUGGGAAUCAACUCUGUCGAUAGGAUUUUAUUGGAUGCUCCUUGCAGUGGCACUGGUGUUAUAUCUAAGGACGAGUCUGUGAAAACCUCAAAAAGUGCUUUAGACAUACAAAAUUGUGCUCAUCUACAAAAGCAAUUAAUUCUUGCCGCGAUAGAUCUUGUGGAUGCCAACUCAAAGUCUGGAGGAUACAUUGUCUACUCCACAUGUUCCAUAAUGGUUGCUGAGAAUGAAGCAGUCAUCGAUUAUGCACUCAAGAAGAGGGAUGUUAAAGUUGUUCCUUGUGGCCUUGAUUUCGGACGUCCUGGAUUCAUUCGUUUUAGAGGGCAUCGUUUUCACACUUCCCUGGACAAGACAAGGCGCUUUUAUCCCCACGUCCACAAUAUGGAUGGGUUCUUUGUAGCUAAGCUAAAGAAAAUGAGUAACAUGAAGCCAGCAUUUCAACAGUCUGAAGGUGGGGAGGUGGAGGAGGAACCCGAGUUGAUGGAAAGCAAUGACCAGGAAGAGAUUGUCAACGAGAAGAAACAAUCGACUGACAAAAUUGCGACAGAAGAGGUUGUCAAAGAGAAGAAACAAUUGAGCGAAUCCUCUAACGGAGUUAGGACAGGGAAGCAGCCAUCUUUGAAGGAAAAGGAAAAGAGAAAGAAAAGGGAAUGGCCUUCAAGAGAGGAGAUUGCAAAAAACAGGGAAGAGAAACGACAGGCUUUAAGGGAAUCAAAGAGAAAAAGGUAAAGGUGGAAAGCAGCCAUCCUAUUCUAUGCACAGACAGGACUAUAGGUUAGAAGUGGGAUAUGUAUGCUUAUCACAAUUUUAUUCAUAACUCCCAUCUUCCAAUAUUUUAGAUCGCUGUUUUUGUUACAUGGAGUACUUAUUAAAUGUGAUUUCAAUGUUUCUAA